UGACAUAUAUUAUAAUUCACAAAUUUUAACGGUGAUAAUUGAAGUUGAACACAAAUAUUAAAUUUUUAGGAAUAUGGAAAAAAGUUUUCAAAGUUCAUUUUCGGUCAAGAGUCCUUUUUCGCCGAGAUCUCGUCAGUCAAUCGGUUCCAAACGCAUUCUUCCUAAUUCUUUCAGAAAAUCAUCCCGCCUGAGUGUCUCAGGGAAAUCUACUCAAUCUGUACAGAUAGUUUUAAAAUCGAAUCACUAUUAUGUGGAACGAUUUGGACAAUCUUUACCAGUUCUAAUAACAGAAGCUUUGACAUUUGCCGAUCGUAACACCGUUGUAUCGGCACGAAUAUCCGAAUGCGGUUUUGCUUGGGUUGUUUGUGGCAGAAGACUUCUUAUAUGGCAGUAUCGUCAGUCUACAUCUGGCGCAGGCACCCCUCAGAGAAAACAUGGGAACAUCAAUCAGUGUUUCGAAUUACAACUUCCACAAAGUGAUUUGGCACAUCGAGCAGAGUUGGUGACGGUAUUCAUUACUGCUGGUUGCAAUAACCCUUCUUGUAUUGCAGUAUCUCCAGAAGGAGUAUUGAGGUAUUGGCCUGCCGUAGCACAUGAAGGUGUCACAGUGGAGCAAACUGUUGACCUUCAGGGACAAGAAUGUGAUAGUCUAACCAAUGUAGAAGGUUUGGGAUGUAUAUUGGCUACAACAACCUGUUCUGUUGUUCUGGUUCAGCCACAAGUGAAUAAUUGUAGGCAUAGUUUAAUCUGCAAACCUCUCAAAACACCAAGUGGAUGGUUGGGGGGAAUUAGUAAAAGGAUGUCUUCUUUGAUUUUUGGUCCCAACUCUAAUGAACAAUCAUCUGAAACGAGGCUUGUUAGAGUGUUGAGCAUUCCAAACAAAGAUUCUACAUGGACCAUAUAUGUAUUAGCUGGCCAUUCUCUCCAGAAAUGGAUUCUGUCCAAUCAUGAUAAUGAGCAGUUGGUUUCUAUAACCGAAUUAAAUAGAAUGGUCAGGGACCAGUUCCAUAGUGCAGUUUGGGAAAGCUGCGUUGGAGACCAGGCAGAAAUUGAUACUUGGUUAUUAGAUAUACAGUCUGAUAAGGAUAAUAUCAUCAUUUUGGCUGCUGCUGUUAACAUGCAGAUGUCACCUCAAGUACAUUAUGCUAUGAUUUCAUUCUCUACAAAUGGAAGUACACAGAUAAAGGAUUUCCUUAUAUUGAAGAUGUCAGGAUUGUAUAGAGAAGACAAUCCUAGUGAAUCCCUUUCAUAUAGAUUUUUACUUUGUGGUACAAGUGCAUAUGUGUAUAAUCUGAAAACUAUUACCGUUUUGAAACCUCAAGAAGAACCUGAUAUAUUGGAAUUCAAUUCAUCUCAAGACUUUUUAUUAGGAGGGUCCAUUUGUGUUAAUACCCCAGUUUUUUUCUCAAGACUUAAUGGACUAGUGGCAGUUUGCGGUAACGAUCAGAUUUGCGAUUUUCUAAAUCAAACUGCAGGCUCUGGUACACCCAUAGAAACUUCUUUUAAUGAAUCUGUUGCUGUAAAUAAUUUGUCUGUUUACAAUAUAGAUCCUGAUGAAAUAUUCAAUGCACACAAAGACACAAUUGGCCAAAUGAAAGCUGCAUUCAUUUUUCAUAUUCGAAAUCAACAGUCUGCAUAUCAGGAAAUAUUGAAUGAAUUAUUCCCUUUGGAAGCCACGUUGCCAAAUAUAAAUGGUCCAUUGGAUAAACUAGCGUUUCUGUGUUGUAAAGACUUGUUAGAUGACAUCCCAGCAGGUGAUCCUAGAUGGAACAAAGUUGCCACUGUAGGCCUUGGGAGCUCAUACUCUAUGCAAGUUCUACAUCAGUUGGAAGACAAGCAAAAAGCUUUCUCUUUGUAUUUACGAUUUUUGAAAGAGUCUGGACUCUGGAAUAGAUUGUCAGCUUGUAUCAUCAGAGAAUGUCCCAUGCCUACUGUUCAGGCAUUAGGUGAACUUUCGGAGAAAAUCACUGCUGCCGUAGUAAUGAAAAGUCUCCCCAACAGCUUGAUUAUGGAAGAGGCUCUAGAAAAAUCUAUUGCUUAUUUUCAAACCGAACCAGGAAACGGUUUGACCAAUCAAGAUGUUUUUUAUAGGGAAGUAAGCAAGGUUCAGCGGGGAAUCCAAGAGUUGGUCAACUGUUGUGAGGAUUCUGCCCAUUCAGAUCUAAAUCCUGCCCAGAUUGCCCAAGUUGUGAAUGAUACUAAUGAAAUCGUUCUGACUGUACUGAACGAAGUUAUACAGUAUCGUACUCAAAAUGCUGAAAACUUCGUUCCUUCAGAAACUGCAAAGUCGCUCAACCUGGAGUAUUUACCAUGGACUGGGGCAAGUGGUAGCGAGGGUGUUGCUGAUGCCCUUUUACAACAGCACAGUUCAACAUUUAAUUAUGGAUUGAAAUUAGUGAGCCAAGGGCAAUUGAGAAAUUCACUGCUCGAUCAUUUUGUUGCUCUCACAGACCUCCUGAUGGAUGGGAAGAAGGGACACUUGGAAAGCAUAAAAAACAGACAAAGAGAAAGCAUUGCUUACAAACAGUACUGCACUGAUAGGCAUAAUCUGAUCAAACCAUUGUUGAGUGAAAAAGAAUAUGAGAGGGCAGCACUGCUAGCUGAAAAAUAUUUGGAUUUUGAAACUUUGGUUUUAAUCUGUGAAUUAACAGAUAAUCAAACACGUUUGGAUGAAUACAUGGGCCGUUUUAAUGAUAGUGGAUUUUCAGAGUACGUUUAUAACUGGUACCUUAAACAAAACAAACAGGGGAAACUGAUAGACAGAUGUAGAAAAUCUGGAACUGCGAGGAAUAACCAAAAAUUAUCUGAUUUCUUAUCUGACCAUCCUUCCCUGUCAUGGUUGCAACAGAUUUUUGAUGGAAAAUAUCCAACAGCUGCUGACACUUUACGAAAUUUAGCCAACAAUGAAAAUGAGUCUCUAACGAGGCAAAGAACAAUGUUAAGCCUUAGCAAACUAGCCAAACUUGCAGGACCGAAUACCAAUGAUAUAAAUGAAUAUAUAGAAAAUGUAAACAAUAGCCUUGAUCUCGUUGCUUUCCAAGAAGACCUACCUGACUAUGUUCUGCAACAGUUUGGAUAUGAUGUGUCCCAACCUCCUGUUAUCCCUCCUAAAGAUCUGAUCAACUUGUAUAUUUGUAAGGAAUACACUGAUGCAGGGGACUUGGAGUUCAAAAAAGCUUUGGAUAUACUCACAUACAUUGAUAACCGGGAGCUUCAGGAAGAUCUACGUCUCAAGAUUUGGAGAAGUGCCAUUUUGAGGGAUUCUUGGAAUUACAAGAAUCUGGAUUCUCCACUUGAAAUUUUACAGGGCACUUUAUUCUUCAAGCUGAUUGAUUUAUCUUUGGUUUUAGGUGCCGAUCCACAAACAUUGCUUCCCCCUUUAGACACACUCACAGAAAGUGAAACGUUGCACCAUUUGCAAGAAAAAAACAAUUUCCAAUUUCUCAUUAAGACUGCUUACGAACAUGUUUAUAGAUCACAAGUAAUAGAAUAAGUAUAUUUGUAUUUUAGGAAUUAAAAUCACUUUUAUUUUG